GUUUUCGAUAGUUUCUUAAUGCAGAGCCGGCAGCUCUUAAAAAUUUAUUAUUCCGUAGAGUUAGAAACGUUCUGAAACAUCUGACCGAUCAUGGAUAGUAUAAUUGGACGUAGCCAGUUUGUUUCGGAGACAGCUAAUCUCUUUACAGACGAAAAAACGGCGACGGCAAGGGCAAAGGUGGUAGAAUGGUGCAAUGAACUCUCUAUUGAAUCGGCAUCAACCAAAUGUGAACUGCUCGUCAAGGUGCAGGAGACUGUGCUCGGAUCUUGCGUUGAGCUUGCCGAGGAGUUCCUGGAGCCAGUCCUGUCGUUGGCUCACGAUCCAAACAUGGAGGUACGAAAGCAGGUUGUCGCCUUUGUGGAGCAAGUUUGUAAAGUGAAGGUGGAGCUACUGCCACACGUCAUCAACAUCGUUUCUAUGUUGCUUCGGGAUAACUCUGCUCAGGUAAUCAAGCGAGUGAUCCAGGCCUGCGGUAGCAUAUACAAGAAUGGAUUGCAGUACCUAUGCAACCUCAUGGAACCAGGUGACAGUGCAGAGCAGGCAUGGAACAUCCUUAGCCUGAUCAAAGCACAAAUUUUGGACAUGAUCGACAAUGAAAACGAUGGCAUACGUACGAACGCUAUUAAGUUUCUUGAGGGUGUCGUUGUACUGCAGAGCUUUGCGGACGAGGAUAGCCUUAAAAGGGAUGGAGACUUCUCGCUAGGCGAUGUCCCCGAUCACUGCAAGCUCUUUCGCCGCCAAAAAUUGCAGGACGAGGGCAACAAUAUAUUUGAUAUAUUGCUUCAGUUUCACGGCACCACCCAUAUUUCCUCGGUAAACUUAAUUGCCUGCACAAGUAGCCUGUGUACUGUGGCCAAAAUGCGUCCUGUCUUUAUGGGUGCCGUGGUAGAUGCCUUUAAACACUUGAAUGCUAACCUGCCACCCACCCUCACUGACUCUCAAGUUAGUUCUGUUCGUAAGAGUCUCAAGAUGCAGUUGCAGACACUUAUGAAGAACCGAGGAGCCUUCGAGUUCGCCAACACCAUCAAAGGAAUGCUUGUGGAUCUCGGGGCCUCGUCAAAUGAGAUACAAAAGCUUAUGCCCAAGAUGGAUAAGCAGGAAAUGGCCAGGCGACAAAAGCGCAUCCUUGAAAAUGCGGCUCAAAGUCUUGCAAAGAGAGCACGCCUGGCUAGAGAUCAGCAGGACCAGCAGCACCAAGAAAUGGAGCUGGACACCGAGGAGUUGGAGCGUCAGAAGCAGAAGUCCACUCGAGUCAACGAAAAGUUUUUGGCGGAGCAUUUGCGCAAUCCCGAAACGGUGGUGGGUCUAGUUGUAGAGUUCCUACCAAGCUUACCUGCUGAUGUACCUCAGAAGUUUCUCGAGGAUUAUACACCUAUUCGCGAAAUGUCUACCCAGCAGCAAGUAAGCAACAUCUCCAGAAUGUUUGGAGAACAGCUUUCAGAGAAGCGUCUUGGCCCGGGCUCUGCAACCUUUAGUCGGGAUCCGCCAAUGAGGGUUAAAAAAGUGCAACCAAUUGAUUCAACAGUUACUCCCAUGAAGGUGGACGAUGAAGCCGUUCAAAAACUAAGUGAGGAGGAGUUCCAACGUAAAGAGGAGGCCACUAAGAAGCUGCGUGAGACAAUGGAACGAGCCAGAGGCGAACAAACUGUGAUUGAAAAAAUGAAAGAGCGCGCCAAGACGCUAAAGCUGCAGGAAAUCACCAAACCUUUGUCACGAAACUUAAAGGAGAAGUUUCUGACGGAAGCAGUGCGUCGCAUACUUAACUCAGAGCGGCAGUGCAUCAAGGGAGGCGUCUCAUCUAAGCGCCGCAAGUUGGUUACUGUGAUUGCGGCCACUUUUCCAAAUAAUGUACGAUAUGGCAUCAUGGAGUUUAUUCUAGAGGAUGUAAAACAGCGCAUUGAUCUAGCUUUCUCCUGGCUCUUUGAGGAAUACUCCUUGCUGCAAGGAUUCACAAGACACACCUACGUAAAGACCGAAAACCGCCCUGAUCAUGCCUACAAUGAGUUGCUGAAUAAACUUAUCUGUGGCAUUGGAGAGCGGUGCGAUCACAAGGAUAAGAUUAUUCUGAUCCGUCGGGUUUAUCUAGAAGCGCCCAUCCUUCCAGAAAUUUCAAUAGGACAUUUGGUUCAGCUUAGUUUAGAAGACGAGUUCUCCCAGCAUGGUUUGGAGCUGAUCAAGGAUCUCGCGGUGCUUAGGCCGCCACGUAAGAAUCGUUUCGUAAGAGCUCUACUUAACUUGUGCGUGCACGAGCGAGCCGACCUGCGGGAUCGGGCAUUGGCCCACCUUGUUAGUCUUUACCAUGUGCACAAAAUCCUUCCAGCGCGAAUAGAUGAAUUUGCUUUAGAGUGGUUACAAUUUGUGGAACGAGAGUCUCCGCCGUCUGCUGUUUUUUCGCAGGAGUUCGGUCGUCCAACUGCAGAGUCAGCCUGGCGUGAGGAUACUGCCAAGGUGUGCCUUGGCUUGGCUUUUACCCUGCUUCCCUACAAGCCAGAGAUUUACGUGGAGAAAAUCUGUCAAGUAUUUGCGUCAACCUCCCCUGAGUUAAAGCGAACGAUUUUGCGUAGCCUGGAUAUUCCCAUCAAGAAGUUGGGUGUGGAAAAUUCGGCAUUACUUAAGCUGAUCGAAGACUGUCCAAAGGGCAUGGAGACAUUAGUGAUCCGCAUAAUAUACAUAUUGACGGAGCGUGUGCCAACGCCAAAUGAGGAUCUCGUCCGACGGGUACGGGAUCUCUAUAAGAACAAGGUCAAGGAUGUGCGAGUGAUGAUACCCGUACUUAGCGGCUUGUCCCGCUCCGAGCUGAUCGCGGUUCUUCCCAAGCUAAUAAAACUAAAUCCCGCCGUGGUCAAGGAAGUCUUCAAUCGUUUGCUUGGUAUUGGCGCCGAGUUUGCUCAUCAGACGAUGGCCCUGUCUCCCACGGAUAUCCUGGUUGCUUUGCAUACAAUUGAUCCGAGUGUCUGUGACCUCAAGGCCAUUGUUAAGGCCACAUCGCUUUGUCUUGCCGAGCGAGAUUUGUAUACCCAGGAGGUGCUUAUGGCAGUUUUGCAGCAGCUUGUGGACGUUAAUCCACUACCUACUCUAAUGAUGCGCACAACCAUACAAAGUCUGACUCUGUACCCGCGUCUAGCCAACUUUGUGAUGAACUUGCUGCAGCGACUUAUCAUGAAGCAGGUUUGGCGACAAAAGGUCAUUUGGGAGGGUUUCCUAAAGACAGUUCAACGUUUAAAGCCACAAUCCAUGCCGAUUCUUCUGCACCUUCCGCCUGCCCAGCUAGUGGACGCAUUGCAGCAAUGUCCUGAUCUAAGACCACUUUUGUCGGAAUACGCUGAGAGCAUGCAAGAUGAACCAAUGAAUGGUAGUGGCAUUACUCAGCAGGUUCUAGACAUCAUCUCCGGGAAGUCCGUAGAUGUGUUCAUCACGGAUGAAAGUGGUGGCUACAUCAGCGCCGAUCACAUUAAGAAAGAGGUACAGGAUACUUCAGAAAUCGGAGUUAUAUCCACAGUGCCUGUGCUGACGUCUUUAGUGCCCAUGCCUGUACCUCCGCCAAUCGCCAGCGAUCUUAAUCAACCACUGCCACCUGGCGAGGAUUAACUGCAACCCAAUUGUUUUGUUUGUCCAUAUACAUACAUGUCCAAUUUUCUUAAUAAGACAAAGAUUGUAUUUAAACUUUUACUUUAACCACAAAUUUUCACCCAAAUAUUGUUGCCUCUAAACCAAUACAUCUUUUUUAAUGGUUUCAAGUUCAAA